AAAAAAAAAAAAAAAACCCUAGAAACUAAAGAGGGCCGCGAAGAUACAAAUCAGAAUCUAAAAUCGAAGGGUGAGAGGAAUGAAAUAUUUCGCGGGAAGCUUUCCAAAGAUACAACCCGUCAAGUUUCGAAUCCCAACUUCUGAAGCUUUAAUUCCAAUUCGUUUGGAUAUUGAGAUCGAUGGGAAUCGAUUCAAAGAUUCAUUUACAUGGAAUCCAACCGAACCGGAUUCUGAAGUGGUGCUGUUCGCGAAGAGGACAGUGAAGGACCUGAAGCUCCCUCCAGCAUUCAUUACACAGAUUUCUCAGUCUAUACAAUCACAGCUCAACGAGUUCCGAUCUUUGGAGGGUCAAGAAAUGUUUACUAGUGAGAAGAUAGUGACUCUCAAGCUUGAUCUUCGUGUAAAUAAUACCAUCAUAAGGGACCAGUUUUUAUGGGACAUGAACAACUUCGAGAGUGAUCCAGAAGAAUUUGCAAGAACCUUCUGUAAAGACUUGGAUAUUAAAGACCCUGAAGUUGGGCCAGCAGUUGCAGUUGCAAUUCGUGAACAGCUUUAUGAGAUUGCAACCCAAAAUGUAACUUCUGCUAGGGAAACCAGAGUAAGCAAGAAAGGUCGUCGAGGUGAAUAUGUCUCUGCCAGCAAAGUUGGUGGAGCUGCCGUGGACUUGAUGAAAUUAUUUGGUGGAAAAUCUAGUGUUCUUAGGAAAAGGAAGGAGUGGGACUUAUAUGAACCCAUUGUUGAUCUCUUAUCAAAGGAAGAAGUAGAAGCUCUUGAUGCAAGAGAAGAACGUCAUGCUCGGAUGAAGAAAAGGUUCAGUGACAUGGACGAUGUAUAUUUGACGAAUUACUCAAGUGGCUAAUGUGACCAAGCCUGCCUGUUUCACACCUGUCACCUGCUACUACCUUGCAGAUGCAAAAGUUGUAAAACUAUCCUGUUUCUUAUACACCUAAUAUUAAUAUGAAUGAUUCACCUAGUAAAAUCUAAUGUUGGAAUGAGCUCAUUUUUUUGUU